CAGAAAUACAUCACUCCGAUAGAAGUUAGUAGGUACAGAUUUUUUCUCAGAGAUCAGGCUGAUGGCAGCUCGUAGACUCUGUAUAGACAUGAAAUGGUCAUGCCAGAAGUAAAAACUCUUUCUGGCUCUGCCUGAAUUCAGAACCUUCUCGUAAGCUUGCCUUUUUUCACUAGCAAGCAACUCCAUUACAAACAAAAUGGCUUCCUCCUCGCAUGUUUCAUCCUUGGCAUCGCGGGCACCUAUGUCGUCUGUCAUUGCGUCUGAUGACAUCGGUACCUCGCCUUUCGUCCGCUCAGGCGCAGACGCUUUUCGCCAAGCAACGAUAGCGUUUGAUUCCGUCGAUGGAGGUGUAGGUGAUAUCGACAUAAGAGGAGCAUUAGCAAGCACAACAGGACCGAAUCCGGGAGGCGCUCGUCUCUUCGAAGACGCCGACUUCCCCGCCGUUGCGCGCAGCAUCGAAGGUGAGAAACGGAAGAUGCGAUGUCGUUGUAACGCUGAACCAAAGAUGUCGUACACGAAAAGUGGAAAAAAUGUCGGGCGCGCGUAUUUCCAUUGUGCGACACGAAGGUGUCCUUUCUUUCGUUGGGCAUUUUCAGCAGAACAGAUGCAAUGGUAUCGGUUUGGUGGACACAACCAUCACAUUCUAGUGGGUCCAGAAGGUUUCCGGGCUGAAGAUUUAGUGCAGGGAAAGGUCGGAGACUGCUGGUUUUUGUCGGCAUUGGCAGUGAUCGCGGAAAGAGCAGACUUGAUGUUAAGGGGAAGUUGAUAGUUCGCGAUUUCUUUGAAGUACAGGGGACUCAAAGUCAGUCGAUGAUGAGUAAAUUCCCUUCUGAAGAUAUUUUUACAUGAAAAGGCGCGACAUCAAGGGUUAUUAUGCUUACAGCAUCACUGUCCUCCACCUCUAAAAUCACACCGUCUCUUUCCUCGCCUCGAGCUGCAUCCUAGUGGUGCUGUAGAAGUCUAUCUAUUUCUGGAUGGAUGGUGGCGUUCCGUUCUCAUCGACAAUUUUCUGCCUUGUAUGUUUUCUGACGAAGCAAAUCCAGAUCAGUUGAGGGCAGCUGUAGACGAGAAUGGUCGUGAAAUGGGUGCCGCGAUGCUCUCCUUACGCCGCAAAGAGGAAGAAGCUGCUUUGCAACAGGCACUUGCAGCGAGUUUAACAGGUGGCGAUCCGCGAGCGCAUGUUGUACAGUCUUUCUCGGUGAAUCCGAGGUUUAAGGCAAGUGGACUUAGUGCCGAUGUUUUGGCUAAGAUGCUAGCUGGGGGUCAGCAGAAUGAUGGCGGUGGUCGUGAGGGUCAGCAGAAUGAUAUCCACAACGGCAACUACUCCUUCUCAACGACCUCAAAAGGAACAUCCUCCUCUAGUACUGGACAUGAAAACCAACAUCCUGCUCUCCCACGACGGCAGCAGUCACGACAGGAGGCUUUUUCUUCUUCGACUUCAGGAUCUUCUGCAUUGAUAUUAACCAGUAGCGCCUACGACCCCUUCGCUUUGUCCGAUGCCAACCGCCAAGCCAUUGCGGAGACCAGGGACUUUCUCCUGACAGAACGCGAGAAGCGCGCACCAGGUUCAAACACAACGCAUCGUAUGUUGAACGAUUUAUGCAGUUGUUACAGUCUUUUUUAGACGUACCUCCAUUUUGUGGGCUUCAAUGAGGUCCUAAAGGAUGAUGACGUUUCUAUCAAAUCUAAUUCGCCAUCUAUCUUUCGUCCGUAAGCUCCUAAAUCUUGAACUUACGAGCUCCAUAAAGGUGUGCAUCUCCACGGACCUAUCGAUCUCUCGAUAAAUUAGCUCCUAUCUUCUGAUCCGCAAAUUAGAUAACUCCCCUUUCACACUUUGUCUCGAUCCGAAAACGCUUAGUCGGAAAGCAACUGCCCUUGACCUCGCGUAUUCGAAGGGUAACAACUACCAAUGCUGGGUCCAAUUUCUGGAGAAGGCAUACGCGAAGGCGCAUGGCUGUUACCAAGCAAUCAGUGGUGGAGAAGUCGCAGAAGCGUUUUUGGACUUGACAUUAUGCAGGUUUGAUGAAUUUUCUUUUCGAUUUUCAUCAUGUCAUGAUAUUAAGACAUCAUAUUUUUGAAUAGGAUUUUCGUGUUUCGUUUGCAUGGAUGAUAGAACAACAGUAGUGGCAAUAGAACAUCAGUCAGAACUACAUCGAUCAGUGUUUUAGAGUUUCUAAUAGGAGGUUGUCCAACGUUGGCUUUUUCUUUCGACGACCGCUCGCAUGAGCCCAGGAGCUUUUGGUGCAAAUUGAGAGAGUUUUCGCAAUCUCGACUACCUAUGGUUAAGGGUUCCCACAUUACAUCCUUCACUAGCAUCGUCCCUGGCACUUUUUUCAGUAGGAAAUAUGUCAGGGAUGUUGUUCUGAGGAAUGUAAUGACGUAACCUGCCCUAAUUUGUGCUGUGGAACUAGUGGCGGUGGUGGCCAGUUACGCGAGGUCGGGUUGGUGGGAAAUCACGCCUACUCGAUACUGACGGUGAAGGAGUUGCGGAUGAAUAGUUAAGUGUGGGUUUCGGUUUUUUCGCAAUAAAGACUUUGGGUUUCGAAAAAACGAUGAUUUUGAGAUUGGGUGACCGAAGAAUCUCUGUUGAGACUAAGUCACUCAAACAACGUUCAACCACUACCUAGUCAGUAAGAACUGAUGUUGCGAUAUUUAUCUUUCUAACCCCACCUCCCAACUGGCGUCGCCGCCGAUCUGCUACGAGGAUGCGGCAACGUUUCGGGUUUUGGCAGUGACGGGGUCCUGCGACUCCUGAAAAUUCGUAAUCCUCACGGUCGUGGUGAAUGGAAGGGCGAUUGGUCCGACAAGAGCGGCAAAUGGCAGCAAUUGGCACGACAUUUUUAUGAGGAAGACGUAGUAGUACUAGUAGACUCUUUGUCCUUCAUCACGAAAGAUGCGGUCAUCACGAAAGACUUGAUAACAGAGACCACAGCAACAUGCUUUUUUGUUCUUUCAACAUUCUUUCUUGAUGUAGUCCUAUCUUGAUAGGCUUUGGUAGGUUCCUCGUUUCGUUGAUGGAAAAAGUAACCCCUAAGAACCAAUGUAAAGUAAGUAAUUCCUACUCCCGAUCCUUCAUACUCCAGACUUGGACCGCGAACGUUUGGACAGAAGUUUAGAGAACGAUGGAACCUUUUGGAUCGAUUACGAUCACUUUUUGAUGGCAUUCUCAAAUGUCGACGUUUGUCUCGCUUUCCCUGGCCUUUAUGCGCGCAGUUUCGACACGAACUUUCCUCAGAAAAAAGACACAGUACGCGGCGUACAAGCGUUUGAAAUCAGCUUGCCUGAGGCUACUAGGAAUUUUUCGACAGCUUCUGGUGCUGGGGGAGGACGUGGCGCAGAAGUGUACGUAAUGGGCAUUCAAAAAACACGGCGUGGGGCAUGGUCUGGACGAGCGGACAGGAAGAAAUCAUAUAAGCAAUGUGACGUCGGAUUCUUAUUGUUGUUUCCAGUAGACGAGGACGAAGCAAAUAUAAACCAGAAAACUACCGCUGGAUCUUCUUCCAUCGAAUGCCAGAGCCGCGCGUCAAUAUGGUAUUUAGAUGGUAAACGGUAUCGGGUUGAGGGAAAGAUGCUAGGCCAGCGUCGGAACGGUCAUACCCAUUUUCGACUUGUGCGACGUGAAAGCCAGAUCGUACACGGAGCCUACGCACCCGACGCGGCAGUGCAUCAUGCAAAUGACCAUGCGUUUUCUAUGGCGACACAGAGCGAAGUUGCUGUGGAAGAUGUUAUUGGCUAUACGGGUAAUAAUGAUUAUGGUGGCAGCAGUUCCAGUUUGAGUAGUUCUUCAUCUUCCUUAGGAGGUCUUUUCGAGAGUCUUGCGAAAAAGCGUGGCGCUUCCAUACCUUCACGAGCGGUUGUCAUCCCUCUGUCGUUCGGGCAUCCUGCAGCUACCGACAAAGAGUUGUCCUAUGUUGUGCGCUUCGUCUGUUCGGCUGCAGUGGAAAUCAGACGGUUAAGUGCGCUUCCGGAUUUGCGCCCGCCCAUUCAAAAAUUCUGCCUCCAGUUCCUGCCUCGAAAGAUACUGUUGGAGCGUGCUCCACUGUGUCGCGUCUUGCAGAGUGAGAAGAUGGGGAAGACGGUUUUUGUCUACUUUUAAGGGUUGAAACAUUUCAUUUUUACAAGUCAUUUUCCCCUAUUCCCUUCUUAGGAUCGGGAGAAAAGGACGCAAGAAAUGAAUUGUUUCAACCUCUAAUACUUCGUUGUCGACGAGUCAGCCGUGGGCAACGUGGAUGUCUCGGUGGAAGUAACGGCUUUGUGCCGCGGGAUGUCCUGUCGGACAGCAGAGGGCCUAAUCGCACACGAAACGGUGGCAAAAGGAGAGCGCUUUCAAGCUGCUUGGCGGAAAUACACUGUCCGAUUCGAUUAAGGCUUUUUCUUGCUAAUAAGCUUUUCAUGAUGGAAGGAUCCUAACAACUUGAAUAUUAUGAUAUAUUGAUAUUCAAUGAAAGAACUAUGUGAAUCUCCUAGUCCUCCUCGGGUCCUCUGGCAAUGAUGGAUCCCCUGAGAACCAUUUCUAGUGUUACGUUCAGGAUAAUGAAAAGACCCACUGCUAUGUCUAAUUUGAGCAUGAAAUACGAUCCAGGCUAUUGAUGGUGUUGGUACAGUCUGGGAUGGACUGUGAGAUGGGUAUUAUGUCCUGCAGGUCGGUGGAACCCACAUCAAGUGCAGCGACCACUAGUUCUUCUUUUUUGGGGCAGAGUGCAGCUGGACAGAAAACCUCAUCGACACAGAAGAAGUUAGUGCUGGACCUAUCGUCGGGUACUAAGAGCAAUACGAAGAAAGAAGAAGAAGAAACGAGAGUCAAAGCGCCUGCUUCAGCCUCUAGUAAUGGUGGAUCGGCGUCUUCCUCAUCUUCUGUAGCGGAUGUUGAAGGGAAACAAAAUACAACACAAGCAGGAGCAGGUGGUUUUGAGGAAGUUGAGUCACGCGCUCUAUCACUGUUUGAAAGGCUGAAACUGCGGAAAGCUCACAGAACUGGAGAACAACAUGUUGUAGCGAAUAACCAGACAGUGAAUGCUGGUGAACAAGGCGCAUCUACAAAUGGCACGAACAAGCAGGCCCAACCUCCUCCAAAGAACACACAACAGCAACAAGUAAAAGCAAAGGCUGUUGUUGCACCUCCGAAGCAUGAAAGCUUGUUAAAUUUCAUGCCAAAAGCAGCACCAUCAAAGCCUGCUGCGCCACUGCUUAUAGAUCUAUCAUCGUCGUCGGAUGAAGAUAGUUGUAGUCCUGAGAGCACGCCUGAUGACAGCGAUGAUGCACAACCACCGCGUAAGAAAGUGCCGCGUUUAGAAGAACCGAGUAGGAGCAAACCGCCAGCAGCAGCAGCAGCAGCAGCAGCAGCAGCAGUUGUCAUUUCAGAGACUAGUGCUCUUGGCGUAUCGUCCUUUUCUUCCGGGAGUAGUGCCAGUUCUUCACAUAACACUAGACCUGCAAAAAGUAGUAACAGACACCAGCCGAUGUUGACUUUCGCAACGCCGUCUGACCAAGACUACGCACAGCGUGGCAUUUUUGCAGCAAUGUACGGUCCUAAUGUCGUGAAUCGCGAGGACUGGCAAUUUCCAGAGGCUUCCAGUACUAAGGUCGCCACCACAGGAGGAUUACCAGGCAAUAUAGCAGCAAACCUAGCCCCUUUCCUCCCAGCAGGAAUGCAGAUUGCUCAACUAGCUCUAGAUGCUGACUUAGAACGGGCCUUAGCGAUAUCACGCGGCGAAACGGAUGUGUUACCGAUGCAAAGUGGCCUAGUCACCGUAGUACACGAUGAAAGUGAGAUAGAGCGAGUGUUAAAAGAAAGCGCUAGAGCAGCAGAGGAUCGUGAACUGCAGAGGGCGCUUGAGGUGUCUGCGUCUGCAUCUGCGUCUGUCCUUCCUAAUUCCAAAGAACAAGACUUGGAGGAGGCACUGAGAUUAUCGAAGUUGGAAUGCAAUGCGCAAAUGGGCGUAGAAAAUAUUUUGAUACCUCCUGUGAAUAGUGUUCCAACUGGCGGUGGUGGGGCUACUUCCUCUUCAAGUUCUACUCUAGGCGUUGCUGGUGCAGCUGCAUUUGUGCCGGCGAAUGCAAUGAAUAUCAUUGGCGGUGGUGUUGCCACAGGCACGAGCUGUGUUGUUGGACAGUCAAACAAACCUGUCAACUCAAUACCUGUGAACUCUUCACUUUCACAACAACAACCUGGGACUUCGACAGAGGUGAUCGAGCUAGAUUCCAGUAGUGACGAACGCGACCCAGUUGUAGCACCACAAACAGAGUCGCGAGAAGAGCGGCGACGAAAAGCAUUAGAAGCAGCUGAACGCAGAAGGCAGUCAUCAGGAUGAGGAUAGAUCACAAACGCUGUGACAUUUCUUUGUUGAAUGGCUUUAGACAACUUUUAGACGCCGAUAUGAUCACGCAUAACCAUGUUCAUGUUAACCCAUUGUGAAGAUGACACUAACAGACUAGGAAGUUGAUCAUGGACGUUAAGAUUUGGAGAGCAUUUCCGAUAAUCGGCAGUGGCCUACUUACUCAGAUGUUCAUGAUUUCUCUCAUUUGAUAUGAGUCUCCUCUGAAGACUGUGCGAUGAUUGACACUGCGAUGAUAAAAGGGUCCCC